UAGGCAGCGAUAGGCGCCACAAAAAACUAUCUCCUCCUCCGCUCGGUCGCCUUCCUCCCUUUCCAUGGUAUACCAUGCUGCUGGCGGCGGCCACCGCUGCAGCCCCGGACCACCCGUGCUGUCCCGUCCCCUCCUCCCGCCGCCCCGCCCCGUCCCCUAGCAUCCUUCUUGCGAGAAGAGGCAGCAGCAGCUCAACCCUCUCGCUCCGGUGUCACGGUCUUCCAUGCCGUUGCCGUUGUCACUGCCACGCAUGGUGUUGCAAUGAGCGCGCGCGCCGGAGCAGCGUCAGCCGCGGCCGCCAUUGCCGGGCCGUCGCGUCGGCGCCGGACCACAUGGACGAGCUGCCGGCGAGGGGACGCUACCACCCGUUCGAGGAGAUCGCUGAGGCAGUGAAUCUGGACGACGGCGAGCCGUCCCACCUGACCGACGCCGAAUCCGCCCGGACAAUCGUCGAGGUGAACAGCAAGGCGACGGUGAUGAUCUCCACGCUCGUCGGCGACGGCAUCCAUGAGCGGAUCAUCCUGCCGGAGUUCCCCUACCUCACCGACGAGAACGGAGAUAUCUACUUCGAGGUCGACAACGACGACGCGCUGCUGGAGAGCAUCAUGGGCGAGGACAAGAUCGCGGUGACGACUCUGUUCUUCCCAUGUCCUCCCCUGAUUCUCUUCAUGAAUUUGUCAGUCUUCGCCGACUUGGAUCUUGCAGCGGCGUCCGCCACCGAUUUUGCGCAAGAAGAUGACGACGACGACGACGACGAUGGCUCGGACGAUGAGGAAAGCGACUUUGACGAUGACUUCAACGACGUGGAGGGUGUGUUUGCUGUCGAUGAGGACGACGACGACGGUGACGAUGAAGAAGAUGAUGAUCCACCAAGCUGGUCCAACCUUGAGACCGUGAAUUCUUGCCAUCCAUUGUACUUUGCAAGGAUGAUUGUGGAGACCGCAACCAAGUCUAACAUAGAUUGGUUGGACCGGCCACCUGCAAGCCUUGUUGUGGAGGGUCAGCUGAGACCUGCCUUUGCUGAAGAGAGCACCAUGGUUGCCAAACAUUUAUCAAGUGACGAGCUGCAGAAAGAUAAAAAGGAGAGUGGUGCCACAUUUUUCAAGGUUGAGGUCCUGAGCAUUGAGUUGAUCACGGCAUAUGGAACUGAGCCGAAGGUAAAGAUCAAAGAGUACCGCAAAGCUAGGCCGGACAUCAUUGCGCAUUCCGCACUGAACAUAAUAUCGCGCCUGAGAGCCGGUGGAGACAAGAUCGCACAGGCUCUGAAAUCACUCUGCUGGAGGUGCAAGGCCAUUCAAGUAGAGGAAGCGGCGGUGAUCGGAGUGGACUGCCUUGGCUUUGACUUGAGAGUGUGCUCAGGAACACAAGUGCAGACGUUGAGAUUUGCUUUCCCUGCAAAGGCCACUUCGGAGUUCGGCGCAGAGAAGCAAAUACACGAGCUUCUGUUUCCUAGGAAUACACUUCAAGAUGGGCAAUCACCACAAGCUAAACAGGAGUCUUGAUGUAAUUUGAUGUGAUAACUUUAUUCAUUUGGUAGGAAAUCGAUUUUAGAAAAAUAAAAUCUUAGCCAUGUUGACGAA